AUGCACUUCACAAAAACACCCAUACUGUUUGCUUUGUUGGCUCUUGGAUACCAACUGUGCGUCGUCGCCGAUAGCAAUGGUGGUCAUGGCACUAGCAUUGCCAGCAAACAUGCGCGCCGUGAAAUCAUUGCUGCACAGAGGAUGUAUAUGCCUGAUGAUUUCAUUAAACGUGGCGACAAUGAUGGCGUAGAGACAGCUGCCAAUGUUAACUGCAAAGACUUAGCCGGUGGAUGCAAGACCAAGGCUGCAGCAGGAAAACAAGCAAACGUUGGUGCAAAAUACAGAGUCGCCGAUCCUACACGUGGUUCUCUGUUACAAAGACGUAAAGAGGACGAUGUCGAUCUCGCGGCAGAUGUAGCCUCCAAGGCCACCGAUAUCACCAAAAUGGUCGAUGGCUCAGAAACCGAAGAAGAUGGAAAAGUCGGCGAGCAAGACGAUGAAAGCGGAGACGAUGAUGAAAGCGAUGACGAAGACGACAGCGAUGAUGAAGACGACAGCGAUGAUGAAGACGACAGCGAUGAUGAAGACGAAAGCGGUGAUGAAGACGAAAGCGGUGAUGAAGAAGAUGAUGAUGAAGAAGGAAAGAAGGCGCUAAAGCGCAGAGAUACCGGAGAAGAUGAGGAAAAUGAAGAUGACGAUGACGAUGACGAUGAAGAAGAUGAUUCCCCGCUAAAGCGCAGAGACACCGGAGAAGACGAUGAAGACGAAGAUGAAGACGAAGAUGAUGAAGACGAAAAUGAUGAAGACGAAAAUGAUGAGAACGAAGAUGACGACGAAGAAGAAGAAGAUCAAGAAACUAAGGCUUUAAAGCGAAGAGCCCCAGAAGAAGAUGAGGAGCAUGCAUCCCAAGGAGAAGGAGAAGAAGAAGAAGAUGAUGAUGAUCAAGAUAAUGAUGACGAAGACGAUGAUGAAAAAGACGAAGACAAGGAAGAUGAUGAUGAAUAG